AUGGCAAUUGACCAAGAUGUCGAAGAAUUAUUAAUCAUGGGAGACUCAGAUCUAAUUAUCCGACAAGCUCAGGGAGAAUGGGAGACUCGAGAUGUCAAACUUAUUCCCUACAGGCAACAUGUGGAAGAUCUCAGCAAACGCAAUGCCCACAUUGAUCCCUUGGAAAUCCAAAUCCGGGAAAGGCACGGUUACUCUAAUACGGUUGAGGCAGAACCAAAUAUUCAGCCAUGGUAUCGUGACAUCAAAAGAUUUCUGAAAACUAAGGAAUACCCCGAGAAGCCAGUGGAGACCAAAAGAGGACCAUUAGAUGACACGCAAGUGGUUUCUUCUUGA